AUGUUCCGUCUCCGUUACAAUCUUCUCCGAUCGUGUAACCGCCGUCUCUUCCACCGUCUUCCCCGAACUUUCUCCUCCUCUUCUCCCUCCCCAACCGGUUCCCCCUUGAAUCUCAAACCUUCUCCUCCCAAUCACCCAUCGCCACGUCCUCCCUCCUCGAUUCACACCCUCUCCCCGCCUCCUUCCUUCUCCAAGAAAUCAGUUUUCGUCCUCUCCGCCGCCGCUUUAUCCACCGCGAUUGCUUACGCCGCUGUCUACACUCCCGAUCAUGACGAAUCGGACGGGGACCGUAACGGAAACAGUCGUAUCUACGAUUCGAUCGAGCAUUGGGUUCAGAAAUCGGGAACUUCGUUGAGGAGAGUUAUUCACCACGCGAGACAAACCGGCGUCGCGGCUUCGGUUCUAUGGCAGUCGCUAAGGUCGGUUCUCUCGUCGGCUAAUCAUGAGGUUCGUGCGGGGUUUGAGCUUCGUGUGGCUGCUCUUCUGGCGGAUAUUGCUUCCGCGAAUGCUGCUCGUAGAGCUGCGCUUGUUGGAGCUGGUGGUGGUGCGGUGGUUGAUUGGUUGUUGGAGACGGUUGCUAUCCCUGGAGAUAGAAUUGGGGCGCAGGAUGAAGCGGCUAGGGCUUUGGCUUACCUUAUUGCUGAUCCGACGGUGCGUAAAGACGCUUUAGGAAGGCCUGAUGCUGUGCCUAAGUUGCUUAAGUUCAUAUUCUCGGGUCAACCAAAGAACAAGAAGCAUUCAAGACGUUCUUCAUUCGAUAUUUCUGAUUCUUUGAAAGGUAGGAGCAUGCUUGUCACUGCCAUUAUGGAUAUCGUCACUUCCAACUGUGACACAAUAGAAAAGACUUCUUUUAAGUCAUCAUUGCCUGGGAAUGCUAAGAUGAGAGAUAUUGCUGCCGCGAUUCAAGUGAUUGAGGAAGGUGGUAUGUAUUUUGAUGAGCCAGAAAAAGAUGAUGACAGUGACGAUGGAAAUAGCGGGAUUAAGGGAAUUGGAAUUAAAAUUCUUGAAGGGACCACGGUUCUGGGACUAUCAAGAACCAAUGGACUUGCGCCCUUGGGUGGCCUUGAUACGAAUGUGGAAGAGGAUAUUCCUAAAGCAUUUGCGUUGCUAAGUAAACAUGAUAAUUCUUCGCAAGCUAGUUUGUCAUCGGCCGUGAUUCCUGGCCUUUGGGAUGAUUUACAUUGUCAACAUGUCGCGGUGCCAUUUGCUGUGUGGGCGUUGGCAAACUGGGCGAUGGCUUCUGAUACAAAUAGAUCUCAUAUUCAAGAACUUGACCGUGACGGGCAAGUUGUCAUGACAGCGUUAAUGGCACCAGAGAGGACUGUAAAAUGGCAUGGGAGUUUGGUGGCUCGGUUGUUGUUGGAAGAUCCCAAUCUCCCACUAAGCGAUUCUGUUUCCGACUGGAGUUCAAGUUUGCUUGCCACUAUUUCACAUGCCAGUAAAACUGACGAUAUCCCUUUGGCUCAAGUUGCGUUGUCCGCCUUUUUGGUUUCUGUUGACAAAAGUGACGAAGCACGGAAGAUGGUAAUGGAGAAGGGUCUUCAUCUGAUGAGAGACAGUGCUAGGAAAACGAAGAAGCACAAAGUUGUGCAAGAAGGUUUAUCAAAGGCGCUUGAGUUACUCUGUGCUGGUGAGAUGCAUUUAUCUCUUGAAGAGAGUCAGAAAUGGUCAGGCAUACUACUCUCGUGGGUUCUUGGAAAGGUUGCAUCUGACACUGUUCAAUCUUCGGCCAGAAGAAUCCUUUCAAGCACUUUUGAGGAUUACGGACCACGCUCUAUCCCGAUUUCUCAGGGAUGGUUAACCCUUAUAAUGAAUGAAAUUUUGAACUACAGCAAGACGUUGUCAGCUAAAGGAGCUAGCCUACCUAAAACUGAGAAACCAAAGGUAGAUCUGUCAAAAGUUGCUUCUGCUACUCAGUCAACCAAUCAGCUAGCAGCGGCUGUUGUUAAUCUUGCCAUGGCUCAACUGGGUACCGUCCCAGAUUCUGUCAAUAAUGUUCCAUUGGCAGAUCUGCUCCUUUCAGAGCCUUUUGCGGUACCUAUUAAGAAUUUAAAGAAGGACAGCCCCCCUAAAUUUAAUGCUGCAGAGUCUGCAUUGGCAACCCUUAAGUCAAUCAAGUCACUGACUGAAGUUUGCGCUGAGGAUUCUAUAUGCCAGAACAAAAUAGUUGAUUUGGGUAUUCUUUGUUUGCUAAGGCGCUUUCUGCUAAGUGAUGACUAUGAAAAGCUAGGUGCAAUAGAAGCUUAUGAUGCAUCCAGAUCCCUUGAAGCUCGAGAGCGUGCUCCUGAUAGUCUUGGUGAAUCUCCAAUCACAGAUAUGCAAGAUCCAUCUAGUGUGAAAGUCCCAGCUAGUGCACACAUCCGAAGGCAUGCUGCUAGAUUGCUAACCAUUCUUUCGCUUCUUCCGCAAGUCCAGAAGGUCAUUUUAGCUGAUGAAACAUGGUGUAAAUGGCUUGAUGAUUGUGCAAGAGGAAGAAUUUCCGGUUGCAGUGACCCUAAGACACAAAGUUAUGCGAGGGCUUCUCUGUUGAACAUAUAUUGCAAUCAGCAAGAUGAUAGUGGAUCUGGAAAUGGUGACAAUUCCAAGCCAGACACCUCAAACAUGAAUAGUAACUGUCCUCGCUAUGGAGACAUGAUAUUUCUAAUUAAUCCCGGACUACCCCAUUGGAAGUGUCCUGAAAAAGAAAAACAAAGUGGUAAGAAGAACGAAUCUUCAAGUGAAGGUGAAUCAACAAAUGAUGCUAAUACAGUCAGAGAUCAUGUCGUUGAUGCUAGCGAUUCGUCUAGCUCCAUGGAUCCCUCCAGUAGUGGUUCACGUGUGCAUGAUCCUGAAUUUGAUGUAAUAUUUCUUCAUGGAUUGCGUGGUGGACCCUUUAAAACUUGGCGAAUAGCUGAGGAUAAGUCCUCUACCAAAUCUGGCUUAGUGGAGAAGAUUGACCAGGAAGCAGGAAAGCUUGGAACAUUUUGGCCGAGUGAGUGGCUUUCACAUGAUUUCCCUCAAGCUCGCAUGUUUACCCUUAAAUACAAGACAAACCUCACGGAAUGGUCUGGAGCUAGCUUGCCUCUUCAGGAGGUUAGCUCUAUGAUAUUGGAAAAGUUGGUCUCUGCAGGCAUUGGAGAUCGACCUGUUGUUUUCGUGACUCACAGUAUGGGAGGCCUUGUUGUGAAGCAGAUCCUACAUAAAGCAAAGGAAGAAAAACUCGAUAAACUAGUGAAGAACACCGCUGGAGUUAUAUUCUACAGUUGCCCACAUUUUGGUAGCAAGUUAGCAGAUAUGCCAUGGCGGAUGGGUCUUGUGUUGCGCCCAGCUCCAUCUAUAGGGGAGCUUCGAAGUGGUUCUCCAAGACUAGUGGAGCUCAAUGACUUGCUUCGCCAGCUCCACAAGAAAGGGAUUGUAGAAGUGCUUAGUUUCUGUGAGACAAAAGUAACACCAAUAGUGGAAGGCUAUGGAGGAUGGGCUUUUCGGAUGGAAAUUGUGCCAAUUGAAUCAGCAUACCCAGGAUUUGGUGAACUUGUUGUGUUGGAGUCAACAGACCAUAUAAACUCAUGUAAACCGCUGAGCCGCUCGGAUCCUUCAUAUACUGAGGCGUUGCAGUUCCUGCGCAAGCUCAGCUCGCAGAGGUCAAGAUCUCAUGUUAAACCAGAAUCUGGGAUGCAUGAUUGA